AUGUUGAAUAAGGUACUACUAGACAACUCUAUAAUUAGUUAUUAUAGGAAAUUUCCUGUUUCAGGGGUUCAUUCCAUCCCCGAGGAAUUACAAAAGAUAAUUGAUGAAGGUGAUAACCCGCAUAGGGGAGGAAAAAGGAAAGCAAAUGCAGCCACUUCAGAAAGUUUUAAAGUUAAUAAGAGGGCAAAGAAACCAACACAGAUCCUGAGAUCUCCAUCUCCGGUUAUUCAAGAAGAAUCCAAAGAAACAAAUGUAACUUUUCCACCAUCUUCCUCUAUUCCCACUUCUGACAUUUUUUACACUAUUCUACGACGACCAUUUCUGAAUGUCACAACUACUCCACCAUCACCACCUGUUACUCCACCAACCUUACCAAUGACACCCUCGCACAUUACCUCCACAAUUCCGAUAUCAUCCACCCCUCAUUUACCACCAACGAGUUUUGUUGUAAUAUCUCUUCCUCAUAUCUCAAUCCCUCUAUCCUCACCUAUCUUUACUGAUUCAACCAAUCCUACUACAUCAUCAAUAUCUACUCCGCCGAAAGUUCUGAUCGUCGAAUCUGUUUCGGAGGAGACUAGGACUUCGGGCAUCCCUGUCAACACAUCUGAUGUGGGCACACAUGUUAAUAUUGGAAUGACAUCCGAACAACCAUCUUCUUAUGUAACGCCCCAUUUCUGGUUGUAA